AGAAAAUGGUGUGACAAUUGAAACAACAUCCCAGGAGACACGUUUAUCCUUUAGCCAUGUAAAUAUGUAUGACUUCGGCGAAUAUCAAUGCGAAAUAAGCAAUUUAAAGGGAAUCACGUCAAAGACAAUUAGGCUUGAGCAACAUGAAGAAAUGCAAUGGGAUAUUUCACCAUUUGAUUCAAAUAUCACAGCGUAUAUUGGUGACAAUAUCACAUUAGUAUGCAACACAGUUGGAUUAACUGAAUGUCAUGAAAUGUCCUGGAUCAAAAAGAACAGUUAUGGUACCAACGAAACUACUAUUGCACGCAAUAAGCAACUCGUUUCAGAUGGGAGUGACGAUGACGAUAGCCAAGCUAGAUAUCAUCUCGUUCCCAAUACCAUUCAGUAUACAGUUGAAAUACAUGGUGUUGAUGUAAGAGACGAGGGCCAAUGGGAGUGCAGAGUCGGGGAUGGAUAUACUCAGCAAACUGAGAUUGUCUGGAUUUCGCUGAAAUAUAUUGAAGGAAACAGCAUAACGUCAACAGUAAUAUCAUCUACAGUUACUAUGGCAACCUUAUUCGUACUAUCUCUUAUCAUCUUGUCGAAAUUCAUAUGAAGAUGGCAUUUCAGAGUCCGUUGUUUGGAUGCGUUUUGAUUAGUUAUACUAGAAUCCUACUGACAAUCGUUCAUUGUAUACAGAAGUAGUUUGUAUAUAAAUUGAUCACCUUUGUGAUGUAAUUUGUGAAGAUAAAUUCAAAAUGGGGAAAUUGUUAAAAGAAUUAAUUUGGUACACAUCAUAACUUUUCUUGUAUCCUGGGACGUAAUAUGAUUACUCUUUACUCAAUAUGACAUAUAUAGCGUUAUGACACAAA